GUCAUUAUCACGUACUUCCAAGAUCAACUUGCUGCGCAGGCGUGGCAUGCUGAAGACAUAGACUGCUCGAGAUCUGCGGAAACUCACUCGCUCCCAUCGAAUGUCAUAGCGCAUCGUCGACCCAUUGCGACCCUCACACAGCCUCUGCCGGCGAACCACGAAGCACGGCGCAUCACCAUGGCAGCCAACGGCGCCCCGAGCGCAGACGAGCGUGCCGACGAUCGUGCCGAGAAGCAUGUCCACUAUGAAGACCAGCCAGAGAGCGCAAGCGACGAGGAUACGAAGCCGUUCGAAGUCACCUUUGAGUCCAACAACCCUCAUCGCCGCAAGAGCUCGCUCGCCGCAGCCACCGCCGUCAUGCCACAGAUCCCUACUACUACAAAGAAGACACAAUGUCUAGUCCACCAGUUCCUCGAGAGCCAUAGACCACCAUCAGAUAGCGAGAAACCCCACUUCCCCCACCACGCAAAGAACAAUCGGCAAGCUCCAGGUCGCGACACCGAGCCGCAAGAUGCUACGGCAGAUCUUGGCCUGAACCGCUAUGUCGAGCCCAAGGGCACAAACAAGGGGCCGUCCAGCCUUCAUCGCGAGGGGUCAGAGAGCAGUAGCAUGGACGAGGCUGGCGGCCAGAUCGACCAGAGCUCGUGGAAGAACGAGCUCGCAAAAUCCCGUUCGGAGCUAGAUCUCGCGGCUUCCAAGAACCAUGAUGGCUUACACAGCCGACUCCUGACCAAGAAGCAGCUCAGCGAGAUGGCGUGGGGCGUGCGCGAGCUCAGCAGGAGGCUGGGCAGCAUGCGCCUCAAGUUCAAGGUGCGGACCGUGUUCAUCCUGACCAAGCUCUACGAUCAGGAGUUGCUGCACAAGACGCGCGAGCUGGCUCGGUGGCUGCUCAGCAAGGACCGGGACGUGCGCUACACCGUCUACGUGGAGCACAGCGUCAAGGGCAACAAGAAGUUUGACAUGUCGGGCCUGCUGGACGAGCUGCGGCGCGAGUACAUCGAGGCUGGCGAGAUGGACGAGGACACGCCCAGGGACGUGCUGGACCGCCGGCUGCGCUUCUGGACCGAGGACAUGUGCCGCACGCGGCCUCACAUGUUUGACUUUGUACUGUCCCUCGGAGGCGAUGGGACGGUGCUCUAUGCGAGCUGGCUCUUCCAGCGCAUUGUCCCGCCGGUGCUCAGCUUUGCGCUGGGGAGCUUGGGGUUCUUGACAAAAUUCGACUUUAGCGACUAUGAGGAUAUCCUGACAACAUCAUUCACCCAGGGGGUUACCGUCAGUUUGCGCCUGAGAUUUGAAGGGACUGUGAUGAGAAGCCAGGCGAAGCGCAAAGCCGUCGAAGCAGGGAAUAACAGCGGCGCCAGCAACGGAAAUGUUGGGUCUGCGUCAAGUCAUGACGAUGACGAUGAUGAAGACGGGCACGUGAAGCGGGAUCUCGUCGAAGAGCUCAUCGGCGAGGAGAAGGAUGAUGAGCAUACCCACAAACCCGACGGUACAUAUGAGAUCCUCAACGAGAUUGUGGUCGAUCGGGGGCCGAAUGCGACAAUGUCGUACACUGAGAUCUUUGGAGAUGACGAGCACUUCACAUCCGUUCUUGCCGACGGUGUCUGCGUUUCCACACCAACAGGCUCUACGGCAUACAACCUGGCAGCAGGAGGCUCUCUGUGCCAUCCCGAGAACCCCGUGAUGCUUGUGACGUCCAUCUGCCCCCACACUUUAUCCUUCCGCCCCAUCAUUCUGCCCGACACGAUCGUGCUGCGGAUUGGCGUUCCGUACGACGCGCGGACGAACAGUUGGGCGAGCUUUGAUGGACGCGAGCGCAUCGAGCUCAAGCCCGGCGACUACGUGACCAUCAGCGCCAGCCGGUUUCCCUUUGCGACAGUGCAGCCGCACGGCCGGAGGAGCGAGGACUGGAUCAACAGCAUUAGUGGCAAGCUGGGCUGGAACACGCGGCAGAAGCAGAAGAAUGAGGGGUUCGCGAAGUGGGACAGCUGAGUACUACACAGUGUAGUGAAUCCAAACCUGACUCGGCAUUGCCCGUGAAAAAUGAUCCCACUUUGCCUUGCAUACAGACUAGAUUGUCGGACAAGCGGCAUCUGCCAUACACACGACGGACCGUAUGGCGUCACUCUCUAGUUCAGACUCUAGAGGCGGGGUUUGUGCAUGUGCAUGUGCAGCCAUCCAGUACUUGUGUAAGUAUUUACACCUCGAGCACUUAGAGUAGCC